UGUUUGUUUAUACGGAGAACUAGAAGGGAGCUUGUGGGGUGAGCAAGCCCCUGGCUUUAGGUUUUGACCUUAGAAUAAAAUAUGAGCUUUUCCCAAGCCCACUUCCCAGGCCCUUCCUGACGCUGUGUCCCUUCUGCCUGAUGCUAGAUCUCCCCCAUGGAGGAGAGAGUGUUCCCAGCUGCAAGACUCCAGCUCUGCCACUGAGGGACAAGGGUCCUGGAUUCCAAACGUGUUGGGAUGAAGAUGACAAGUUCCUCUGGGUCCUGCCUGUCCAGCUGCCUCCUCACUCUGAUCUUCCUCCAGCGGCCUGAGCAUGUGUCAGGGGAUGCUGGCAAGUUCUACCUGGUCUCUCUGGGAGAUACGGCUGAGCUGCUCUGCCCUCUGUCCCUCUGGCCAAUGACUGUGCCAGAGCAGGUGAGGUGGCUGCGGCCCUCACACCAGCAGGACUCCCAGGCUGUGCACCUGUUCCUGGGUGGGAAGGACAGAAAUGAAGAUGUGAGACUGGAAUAUAAGGGCAGGACAGAGCUUGUGAGAGACCUCCAAGAGGGAAAAGUCUCUCUACGGAUCCGCAACGUGAGCCUCGAGGACAAAGGACAAUACCAAUGUCAGAUCCAGGUUGGAAACCUGACGCGAGAAGGCACCGUGACCCUGCAGGUUGCAGUCCCAUCUUCGGAAAGGCUCUCAUCCUCAACAGUGGCUCUGGCUGUGGUCCUACCUGUUCUGUUGCUGUUCAUCACAGCAAGCAUUUAUGUCAUCUGGAAGCAAAGAAGAUCAAAAGAGAAGCUUCUCUAUGAACAGGCGUUGCAGGUAGAAAAUCUUCUGGAAGACCAUGCGAAAGAAAAAGGAAGACUUCAUAAAGCCAUCAAGAAACUCCGGAGUGAACUGAAGUUGAAAAGAAGUGCAGCCAACUCAGGCUGGAGAAGAGCCCGGCUGCAUUUUGAGGCAGUGACCCUGGAUCCAGAUACAGCGCAUCCCAAACUUAUCCUGUCUGAGGAUCGAAGAUGUGUGAGGCUUGGUGACAGAAAGCAGACUGUGCCCAACAACCCACAGAGAUUCGAUUUUGUGGUCAGCAUCCUGGGCUCUGAGUACUUCACGGCUGGCUGUCACUACUGGGAAGUGCACGUGGGAGGCAAGACCAAAUGGAUCCUUGGAGUGUGUAGUGAGUCAGUGAGCAGGAAGGGGAAGAUCACUGCCUCACCUGCCAAUGGACACUGGCUUGUUCGCCAGUGUGGUAGGAACGAGUAUGAAGCUCUCACAUCCCCACAGACCUACUUCCGCCUGAAGGAGCCUCUGAGAUGUGUGGGGAUUUUCCUGGACUAUGAAGCUGGCAUCAUUUCCUUCUACAAUGUGACUAGCAAAUCCCACAUCUUUACUUUCACUCACAGUUUCUCUGGUCCCCUCCGCCCUUUCUUUGAACCUUGUCUUCAUGAUGGAGGGGAAAACACAGCACCUCUAAUCAUUUGUUCAGAACUACAGAAAUCAGAGGAAUCAACUGUCCCCAAGCCAAAAGAAAAAGCCCAUGCUAAUGGAGAUGUGGCCCUGAAGGUGAACCCUUCCUUACUGCCCCCUCAGUCCCCGGAGCUUUUCCCACUCAAUGAUGUGAUCCUGUCCUGGCCUUCUGACCUUGGGCCAGCCCUUCAAAAGCUUAAGGUUCCUUCUUUUUAGUUAUGCUCAUGAACUGCUCCUAGGACCACCUGGGAUGUCAAGGCUUCUAGAUUUGAAGGCUCCUGGCUCAACACCUGAUUCUGGAAUGUCUUUACUCCUUAACUCGAAUCCAGACCUUUUUGGGUUUUCUAUUGUACCAUGUUUUUUCUAGGGCUCUGUUCUGAACUCUGCCUUUCUUCUAGGGACUUGAAGCUCUCAUUGCCCUGGAAGGAGAAUUCCUAAAAACCAAAUGCUCAAUUUAGGGUUAGGUGGAAAUAUUGAAUGUGUGUCACCAGGAUGAACUCAAGCUCAGGGGAAGCAUUAUGUACUGAGGGGAUAUUUACAGGAACUUCUGUUUAUCUCAUUCUGUGCUCUAGCUUUGAAGUUAUAGCUCCGAGGCCCUAACUCCUUACUUUUCCACCAAAGAAUGCUUGAUCUUUCCUUCCUUCUCUGCCCCUCUAUCCUACCUCCCCUCUCUCCCUACCCCUCUCUCUCU